CAAGCCACGCCCCUGUGCACCGCAAGGCUCAGCAACAAGUCACAACCGGUCUGCAGAAUUUCCCGUUGCACGGUAAUGAUCUGCGCUCGUGCCCUCGAAGAGCGAGUCAUCUCGGGGUUUUGCGAUCGUUUGAUGUUUAUAUGCGAUAAUCAGAUGUGAAUGUACACGCGGACCUGAUGGAGAAACGCAUCAGCUGUGUUUGUCAUGCAAUCUCGGUUUGAAGAUAAUGAUGACGUCGCUCAUUGAUCAGGGUGAGGACAUGGGCCUGGUGACCCCGAUGGAGCUGAUGGACCCUCAGAAGGACGACGACCCCCAGUGUCCCGACCACUUCAGACAGAGCCUCAUGCUUCAGCUCAUUGAUGAUCUGUCUUAUGAGGAUGUGAAGAAAUGCUACCGGGGUUCAACCGUCAGCAAAUACAACUCCCAGUACCACAAACUCUUCUCGGCCGUCCCGAAGGAGGAGAUCCUCAUGAAGGUUUAUUCCUGUGCUCUUCUGAGGGAUAUUCUGCUGCAAGGACGGCUUUACAUUUCUCGAAACUGGCUUUGUUUCUAUGCAAACCUUUUCGGGAAGGAUAUCAAGGUUGCCAUCCCGGUGGUGUCUGUGCGACUGGUGAAGAAACACAAAACGGCCGGCCUGGUGCCAAACGGACUGGCCAUCACCACCGACUCCAGCCAGAAGUAUGUGUUUGUGUCUCUGCUGUCGCGGGACAGUGUGUACGACGUGCUGAGGAGGAUCUGCACACACCUUCAGGUCAACGGGAAGAAGAGUCUGAGUCUGAAGCAGUUUCUGGAGGAGCCUGGCUCUCUGUCGAUGUCCACGGUCUCAUGUGAGAUGAAUGGUGUGCAGGAUGAGUUCCCGGUGUCCACUGAUUUCACGCCGGUGUUGAAGUGGCGCAGGAAGCCGCCGGCUCCAUCCGUCUCUUCAUCGCUGCCGGAUCUGCUGGGAAACUCCACGAGCAGCCUGAGCGCCGGAGACGCAGUGUACACCGCAGAGACGCCGCUGGAGGGUAGAACACACACACAGCUCGCAGAUACAGAACUAGAUCAUUCUAGACAGAGACGGCUGGAGGCCGAGAAGAUCCUGCUGACUGAACCCGUGUCUGAACUGGGUCACAUGGAGUAUCAUCUGCUCAAGUUCUUCAUUCUGCUCAUCAUUUUGCUCAUCAUGUCAUCGUGUUAUCUGGCGUUUCGUGUCUGCAGUCUGGAGCAACAGCUGUCUUUCCUCAACACACAGCCGGCGAUGAGCACGAGAGAGAGGUAACCCUGGUUUAACCCCGUGCCAACCGGCUUUGCCUCCAGGAGAGCAGUGUCUGCAGACGACUAAACCAGCUCAGUUACAGGUACAGCACUAGUCAAGAAGUAGUUAGCUAACUGACCAGCAGAGGACGACGAGUGACCAGAAGAUUCCCGACAACAGGAAUAUUAGCCAGGCUUCACCUAACAGCUCCGCAUCUAGGAUAUCUCCAGGACUCAAGACUGAUCAGGAUUACGCUGGCGACUGUUACGAGCAACGGUUUGCUGUUGUUGAACCCAAACGUCAGGAGACUCGAGACGGCCGCAUAGUUUCACUUUUUUAACUCUUUCUAUGUUUGUCUCUUGUUUUUUUCUAAUAAAUGACCUGAAAUGUGCAUGUUUACCAGUGUUUAGCGCACUGCAAAAAAAA